CCAUAUAAAAGGUGCGGUCGCAUCUCGAAUUGCAUUGAGUUUCGGUGUCUCAGAACUGCAAGAACAUGGCCGAACGACAAAUGAUGCUCCUCAGCAUUGGAUUACUUUCCCACCUGCUGAUGGCCACUGCUGCCGGUGUGCCCUGCUCCGAUGACGAUGUUCCGGUAUGCGCCCAAAGUCGGCAAAGUGGAAUGCAUUUCCUGUUUGGCAACGAGUGUGACUUGAGGAAGGCCCAGAGAGGCAGCCUCAUGGAUGGCCCUCUGUAUGAUGUUCCCCUUCGCUUCUGCCUUCCCAAUUGCGAUUUCGAUUGCAGUGCAAGAUACCAGCCCGUGUGCGGGAUCAGCUCCCGGACAGGUGAACGCAGGACCUUCAGGAGCCGCUGUGAAUUGCUGCGAGCAUCGUGUCUCUCCAGGAGCCAUCUGGUUGCUGCAGCAUUGGGAGUGUGUCCCAGACACAACACAGUGCCUUUGGUUAGCCAGAAGCCCUCGUCUCGACCCAAACCUCGUGCUCAGCCUGAGGCACAGCACCAACCUAAGCCCGUACCAUGCACCAAGGUCUAUCGUCCAGUGUGUGCCAUGUAUGCAGGUGUCAAGUCCACCUUUUCCAACGAGUGCUUGGUGAAUGCGGAGAACAUCAAGACUCAGAGGAAUUGGCGCAUCGUUUCCGAGGGGCUUUGUGGCGAGGACAGCAAAAUGAAGCACAGCCGCAAGUUCAAGCCGAAAGCCAAACCAAAGCUGGAUGCAGACCGCACGAAGAGGAGUCACGGAAAGACCACUCAGGCGGAAGACUUCCAGAUACCUGAGGACGCCGUGGAAAUCUACGCACCCUCCACCUUUCACACGGAGUUCAUCAGCCAGACGGGCGCCAUGGUGAAGAGCUAUUCCCUGCCCGCUCGCAAACCAUAUGUGGUUGCUCCUCCAAAGAAGAAGUCAAAAGUGCACGGCACAGCCAAGAGUUGUGUCUUUGGAAACGAACCUAUCUGCGGGAGCUUCAAGGCCGAAAGCCGCACCUUUGCCAGUGUCUGCGAGCUGAUGGAGUACAGCCAGAAGGUCGGAAACGCUUGGACAAUUUCUCACGAAGGAGCCUGUCGUCAAUGCGACAAGCCCUGUCCGACGGUGUAUCAACCAAUUUGUGCGACCCGCAAUGGCAUCCACCACACGAUCAUCAAUGAGUGCUACCUGGAGCGAGCGCGAUGCAAAGAUCCCGUCAGUGCCUGGAAGUUCUCCUACAAGGGCGAGUGCCAAAAGUCAGCUGGAGCGGCAACCAAGACAGCGUCUGUCUAUAAGAGUCGCAACUCGCCGCUAAUUCCACGCGUUCUAUACGGAAUUCAAAGGAGGACAACUACCGCAGCACCAGAGGUGCACAUUAGGAGAGCUGGUAUAAAGCCCACAACUAAGGCUCCCAAAUCGAUGAAAGCCUUCGAGACUACGCAUCCGCCAUCCUUGGAAGCUAAUAACCGGAAGAUACGCAAGAUAGAUAUGGCAUCAGCGGGAUUUAAUGAUUUGAAGGAGUCAAGCGGAACCAGCAGGAUGAAAUACGUGCCCUCUAGCGAAGAAGCCUCUUGGUCUACCAAUGACAACUGGCUCGUACAAAAAACUCUGGAUAAUGUCAAGGGUAUCUUCAGCAAGAAGCCUGCGUCCUUCAAAACGGCAUCUCAGUAUCAGUGGACCAACACGAGGACAACCACAACCACAACUUCUCCCCUGCCUGCCAAAGUGCCAAAGAUUCUGAGCCUUGCCUCCACGGAGCUACUAAACUUGGAUAUUGGUAAUUCUGCAAAUGCCUACGAUGAUGCUGCUCCCGAGCUGCUGUUUAUGCUGGGCACAGACAUGAGCUCAACCACACCUGUGCCAAGCACCACGGCACCGCCUAGCAGCACCCAGUCCUGGGCUACUGAGCUGCCAACAAGCUUGGGACCCUCUUCAUCUAUGGAGGAAUCAUCCAGCAGGGGCUCUACCAUCGACCUAGAUGAGACCACAGCUUCACCAACCAGUGAAUCCAUCGACUCAUCCACCAGUAGCAGCGCUCUGUAUUCCACGACCGAGGCCGAGGAGAUGCACAGUCAAACCACCGGCAGUGCACCAACAACGUUUGCUGCCGACGAACUGCAAACAACCACUCAGAACGCUGACUACACGGCGGAUGAGUCAUUUUCUGAGUCUACUGGUCAGACCUCCAUCUACGGCCUGGACAAGAACUCGCUGAUUAUGCGUUUGCUACGCGCCAGAAGUAACAAAAACGUUCUUAUCUAGAUAGUUAUAUUGUUUAAGAACUAGACCUAAGCUGUUGAU